GAGGGGGAAGUGGGCGGUCCGCCUGCGCUUUCUCUCUCCUCUGACGAACAACGUUGGCGGAAAUGGUUUCGGCGCGGGCCAGAGGAGAGGGGGGCUACGGUGGCCGGGAGGGGCUGGAGUUCGCGGAGUGAGAGGCCGGAGCGGCAGAAGGCCCCUGCCUGGCCGGGCCGGCGGGCGAGAUCGCCUUUCGCUGCCGCCGGGCUUGAGGUUGGCGGCCAUGUCUCUGUUUCAGUCGGCGCUGGAGUUCCUGGCCGGGCCGGGCUCCCUUGGCGCCGCCAGCCGGGACCAGAAUGACUUCGUGGGGCAAGUGGUGGAGAUGGGCGAGAUGAAGCUGCGGAUCAAGAAGGUCAUCGCUGAAGGUGGUUUUGCUUUUGUUUAUGAAGCUCAGGAUCUUGGAAGUGGCAAAGAUUAUGCUUUAAAGAGACUGCUAUCUAAUGAAGAGGAAAAGAACAAAGCCAUCAUUCAAGAAGUUUGUUUUAUGAAAAAGCUAUCCGGCCAUCCAAAUAUUGUCCAGUUCUGCUCUGCUGCAUCCAUAGGAAAAGAAGAAUCUGAUACUGGGCAAGGGGAAUUUCUUCUGCUCACUGAGCUUUGUAGAGGGCAACUGGUGGAAUUUUUAAAGAAAGCUGAAUCCAAAGGGUCCCUCUCCUGUGAUACAGUUCUCAAGAUAUUUUACCAGACGUGCAGAGCAGUACAACACAUGCACAAACAGAAGCCUCCAAUCAUUCAUAGAGAUCUAAAGAUUGAAAAUAUGCUGAUGAGUAACCAAGGGACCAUUAAAUUGUGUGAUUUUGGCAGCGCAACAAAUGUAGCACAUUAUCCAGACUACAACUGGACAGCACAGAAAAGAGCAACCGUCGAAGAGGAGAUCACAAGGAACACAACACCCAUGUAUCGGACUCCUGAAAUAAUAGAUUUAUAUUCAAAUUUUCCAAUCAACGAAAAACAGGAUAUAUGGGCUUUGGGUUGCAUCCUCUACUUGCUCUGCUUUAGGCAGCAUCCGUUUGAAGAUGGAGCUAAGCUUCGAAUAGUCAAUGGAAAAUAUUCCAUCCCACAAAACGACACAAGAUAUACAGUGUUUCAUGAUAUCAUUCGGUCUGCUUUAAAAGUGAAUCCAGAAGAGAGAUUGUCUAUUACUGAGCUUGUAAAUCAGCUCCAAGAGAUUGCAGCUGCGAGGAAUGUAAACCCAAAGUCUCCCAUCACAGAGCUUCUUGAGCAAAAUGGAGGCUAUGGAAAUAAUGCUCAGCCUAAGACACCUUCGACUCAGGUUCCACAGAACUCCAAGCCUGUAGGGCAACUCAACAACAUGUAUAAUGCAGGCCUUACUGUAGCAGAAUGUGACCAGACCUAUGCAGGGUUCUUCGAUAUUCUUAGGGGUGGGACAGAGAGGUUUUUCACCAAUAUCAAGGACACAUCUUCAAAAGUGAUUCAGUCUGUGGCCAAUUAUGCAAAAGGAGAUCUGGAUAUAUCCUAUAUCACCUCCAGAAUUGCUGUAAUGUCCUUUCCAGCAGAAGGUGUUGAGUCUGCCAUAAAGAAUAACAUUGAAGAUGUGCGGUUAUUCUUGGACUCUAAACAUCCCGGCCGCUAUGCUGUCUACAAUCUGUCUCCAAGAACAUAUAGGCCUUCAAGAUUUCACAAUCGGGUGUCCGAAUGUGGCUGGCCAGCAAGACGCGCACCCAAUCUUCAAAAUCUGUAUAGCAUUUGCAAGAACAUGCAUUUAUGGUUAAAACAAGACCCAAAGAAUGUUUGCAUUGUGCACUGCCUUGAUGGAAGAGCAGCAUCAGCUGUUGUCAUUUGUUCCUUUUUAUGUUUUUGCCGUCUGUUCACUACUGCUGAAGCUGCUGUCUACAUGUUUAGCAUGAAGCGCUGCCCACCGGGUAUCUGGCCAUCACAUAAGAGAUAUAUAGAGUACAUGUGUGACAUGAUGGCGGACGAACCUAUUAUUCCUCACAGCAAGCCAAUCCUCAUAAAGUCUAUUGUCAUGACACCAGUCCCUCUUUUCAGCAAGCAGCGCAAUGGCUGUCGGCCCUUCUGUGAAGUUUAUGUUGGGGAUGAAAGAGUAGCCACUACCUCACAAGAAUACGAUAAAAUGAAGGAUUUUAAAAUAGAAGAUGGAAAAGCAGUAAUUCCAUUAGGCAUAACAGUCCAAGGAGAUGUUCUCAUUGUGAUCUAUCAUGCCAGGUCCACCUUGGGUGGCAGACUCCAGGCCAAGAUGGCAUCAAUGAAGAUGUUCCAGAUCCAGUUUCAUACAGGAUUCGUCCCCCGAAACGCCACAACUGUGAAAUUUGCAACGUAUGAUCUGGAUGCCUGCGACAUUCAGGAGAAGUAUCCUGAUUUGUUCCAAGUGAAUCUGGAAGUUGAAGUGGAGCCACGGGAUAGACCCAGCACUGAACGAGCCCCCUGGGAUAACUUGAACAUCAAGGGUUUAAAUCCCAAGAUCCUUUUCUCCAGCCGUGAGGAACAGCAAGAGAUAUUAACAAAAUUUGGUAAACCUGAACUACCCAGACAGCCCGGGUCAACUGCACAAUAUGAAGCAGAAGCAUCUAAGUCAGAACUGUCUUCUGAAGAUACACCUGUGGAACCAGACUCUCCACCCAGCAGUAACACAGAGGCAAAUUUCUUCCAAACACUCGAUUGGCAAGAAGGAAAACAUUCAGAUGUUGGACCAGAGGGCUACGUUUCUAAAGAGUGUCCAGGGCUAAUUGAUGAAAGGGAGGAGAGCGAACCUUCUGAUGAAGAAUUUGCUGCAUUUCCCAGUGAAGCUAGAGCAGCUGAAGAAAAAGAGAGGAACACACCAGGGAAAGAAAACAGUGAGCAGCUUUUUGAAGCUGACUUUGAAAUGUCUUCUGCACAGUCCAAAGAUACUCUUGUGGAAGACAGUGUUGACUUGCUUGGACUGGAUUCAGAAACACCACCAGAACUCCUCCAACCUCCUUCAGAGAUGAAGAGUUCCUCUAGCAAUGCGGACUUGCUGAAUGACCUAUUUGUUAGUGGUCUGCCAGAGAAUUCAGAAGACUCUACUACAGACCUUCUGGGUGGAGGUGCAGACUUCUUUUUUGGGAGCCAGUCCCAACCAUCUGCAAAUCCCCAAGAUAGUUGUGUCGCACCCACAGUAGACACCUCCUCUUCUUCAGCUGACCCAUUUGACCCAUUCACAGUCAAUCCAGACAAUCCAACUCUUACGGGUCCUGAUCUCUUUGGCGACUUUCUCAGUCCAAAUGCAUCAACUGGAUCAAAUAUGUUUCCUUCCACACACAGUGCACCACCUCCUUCUUCUAGCACAGAGUUCCUUAAUUUAGGAGGUUUGGCACCAGAUCCACCUAAAAUGACUUCCUCUGCAAGUCAGCCAGAUCUUUUAGGCGGCUGGGAUUCUUGGGCAGAUUCCCCUCCAGUUAGCACUCCAACACCGGCAACGUCUAAGAAGACAACCCUGGAAGGACAAGCUUUUACAACAGGAGGCCCUACAAAUGUUCCCUCAGGCCUCUCCUUCAAUCAAGCAAAAUCGCAGAACUUUGAUCCUUUCGCUGACCUUGCUAACCUGAAAGCUGGCCUUCCAGGUGCUUCAAGUGGGGGUUUCUCAGCUGGUAGUUUUGCCCCGAAAUCCACUCCUUCACAAAAGACUGGGCAUCCGUGGCAGGCCAACAAACCACAAGCAACUAGCUCAUCAUGGCAAUCUCACUCACAACCAAAACCACCAGAACAAGCCAAGCCGAGUGUACAGCCGAAACCCAACUACACAGUGAAUUUCAGCGUUAUUGGCGGACGUGAAGAGAGAGGCAUCAGAGCCCCAGGCUUUGGACAAAAACCCAAAGUGUCAGAAAACGAUUUUGAAGAUCUGUUGUCAAAUCAAGGGUUUGCCGCAAAAUCUGACAGAAAAGGACCAAAGACCAUUGCAGAGAUGAGAAAACAAGAAAUGUCUAGAGAUAUGGACCCUCUAAAAUUAAAGAUUUUAGAUUGGAUUGAUGGAAAAGAGAGGAAUAUAAGAGCUUUAUUAUCUACUCUUCACACUGUGCUUUGGGAAGGUGAAACCAAAUGGAAACCAUGUGGCAUGGCAGACCUGGUUACCCCAGAUCAAGUGAAGAAGUACUAUAGGAAGGCAGUGCUUGUGGUUCAUCCAGAUAAGGCCACAGGGCAGCCUUAUGAACAGUAUGCCAAAAUGAUCUUCAUGGAGCUGAAUGAUGCGUGGUCAGAAUUUGAAAGUCAAGGCUCAAAAUCACUUUUCUAAAAUGGCUCCAUUUUGCACAGCGAUGGGAUGAUUUGAAAAUGUAUUGCCAGCAAAACUGAAUCUUGAGUGCUGUUAGUGUAAUAACCUCCUGAGAUCAGGGAGUGGGGGGAGGUGGGGGCCUUCCCGGUUGUUGCACAUUUUGAAACUGUACACUCGCAAACAGGUGUGCGCUGUAGGAAGCAGAAUACGAAACAUGACAGAAGUGGCCAACUGGGCCCCUUGGCACUAGGAAGCUUGUGCCCUGAGGGUCCCAGGCCAUCUCAGAUGAAAUUAGAGGCACCUGUCAUUCAGAGGAUGGGUCUUGGUGUGGACAACAUUCGCUGCGAGAUACACCAUCCACUUUGAAUUCUGAAUUAAUAGUUUGACAUUUUAAUUUUUGCUCUCCAUCUGAAAAAAAAACACACAACCUCAGCUUGCGUUUCUCUCCCCCAUGCCCAGUAGUCCUUGUGAUUUUUCAUUUUGCUAUAUACUUGUUUGCCUUACUCAAAGUGCUUUAGUUACCUAUCAGCUGUGAGCUUGCUCAGCAUCUCUUGUCCUGGUUUCUGUGAGAGGUGUAAAUUUUUCUUCUGUAUUUUAUGUAAUCAUUCCUAUAAUCAUUCUGUAAAUAAUUAAACUGUUUUCUGACAACACCUGCAUUCCUUAUGCUGCAUUGACAGUUGUUAGGCCAAAUAUAUUCCGACUGGAGGAAAAGUUUGGCUCGUAUUAAUUUAUAAGAUGUGGGUUUUGUUUUGGGAUUGUUUUUGUUUUUUUAAAAAAAAUGGGAAUAGGGAAUUGGAUCUUGGCUUUAAUUUAAGUACUGCAUGGUCUUGUCUUAUUUAUUAUGAUCUUUUUGGAGGCAAACUGUGUUAAAUUUCUAUACUAAAAUGUAGGCAUUAUCUCUUCCCCCUCCUUACUUUACUGAAUGGUGUAUGUGCCUUUCGUCAGCAUUGUUGAAUUGUAUAGGAAGUAGGCAGGUUGGCAUAUUUGCAGAAACCUGAAAAGUAUGUGCAGUAAUUUGCUGCUUCGAUAUUGGUCCAACGGAAUUGAGUAAAUGUUGCAUUGUAUGCUGUUGAAGGAGUGUGUGUGCGUGCGUGUGUGCUUUUGCCAGCUGUGGGUAACUUCUGCUCACCUAUUUGAAAAGUCCGUUCAUUUUAGAUGUCUCUGUUUGUGGCUCAAAGAUCAGGAUAGCAUGUACUGUCUUUUAAGACAAUAUCCUAUUUAACAUCCCCUUUCCCACUGCUAUGGCCCACAGCAAAUGAAGAUACAGCAAAGAACGCUCUGUUCCUGCCGUCUUCCCGGGGAACCAGGGACCAGAAAUGCACUGACUAUGCAAUAUGUUUUGCUUAGGAGUAUCCCACCUCUAUGGAUCCAGUUUCCAAGCUGCUGUCAAUAUGGAAAAAACUUUACAGAACAAAAGAGAAAAUAUUGAUGUGUGGAAUAUGUCUUGUCUUUUCCACAUUUUUCUCUCUCUCAGGAGUGGAACCGCAGGCAGUGUUUACUUGGUUUAUAAAAACUGUAUCUGGAUUAGAUAAUGUAAUCCCAAUGCUAUUAGAUUGCUUUUUCCUGGUAUAAUACAUAUAUGUUGACCUACUGAUUCAGAUUCAUACUUAUGAUCAAGGGAUUCAGGGAAGUUAGCUAUAAUUUGUGGGAAACACUAAAUUAUCUUCUGAUGUUAUGUGAAUGAAUUCCUCCUUUUUGACUUUGGAUUCCAGCUUGAUGAAUGGAUCUUGUGCUUAGCUAUGGGUCCAGAUAUGUAGGUGGUUGCAUCAACUUGGUUUCAUAGAUUUCAGGCUAUUUUGAGUUAUUGGGAAACAGUUGGCAGUCCCAGAGGAGGAAUCUACAUUACACUUAGUUCUUUGGCUCUCCCAAAAUAACUCCUAACUAAAUGUCUGUAUUUCAUCUUGAGUAAUCCAACAAAACCUCCAGUAUAUUUUAAAGAGGUUCCAGGUAACAAUGAGUGAGGAUGAUAGAUGUUUUCAACUCCAUCUCUACUUCAAAUUAAGUCUCACUUUUUCAUAAAUACAUAGUACUUAGGAUUGUAAUUUCAGGAGUAUGCCCAGUUGUAUUACUAAGAAUACAACUAGUGAUGGGUGGAAAUACUCUACUGCAAGAAUGCACCGUUUCAUGGCUACACAAAAGGAGCAUAGGUCAUAAAAUUUGAUAAACAAUAAACUGCACAUUUUUCACAUCCAACAAAAUAUGCUGGUCAUAGCGCUUGAGUGUAUUCUCCCUUGAAUAUCUGGCAAAGGUAGGAUUGAACCAUUUGAAAUGAUGUUGAUACAUAUUUAAACAAAUUUCAUACAGCCCCAUGAGUGUUUCUGCUGUUUUGGAGAGCACUAUACUGCAAUUUUGGAGAGUAAUUUGGGCUUUAUAGUCUAAAUUGUAGUAGUGGGGGAGGCAUCAGAAGAGGAAGAGAAUGAAAUUGACAAGGCUAUUAAAUGAGAUAGGAAUUGUUCAUGGCUACAUGGAGGCCAAUUUUUUAUUUCUGGGGCUAAGGGGAAACGGCAUUUUCUCCUCAAAAGAGUAUUUUCCUUCUGGUAAGUUAAUGUGGGAUAAAAAGAAAAUGACUAUACACGGAAAGAACAAGGAAAAAACUGUCAGGUAAAUUUUCUUUGGGGGGAAAGGUGCCCAUCUUGAAGUUUGAUACAAUUAAAAUAUAUUGGUAUACUGAAUGGGCAUUCUUAGACAGGAUGGGUAAGAGGUCAUUGUCAAAUACAUUGUCUCUCCCACACCAAAAAUUUGUCAGAAUUGAACUGCUAAAAGCCAACCAAAAAACAUGCUUUUAAGUGCUUUCCAUGAUGGCAAACUGGGAGCACCUCAUUUGAACCGUUAAAUGGCCUUUUCUUGUUUGCUCCUGAAUUAUAGCAAUGAUGCAGCAGUGGCUCCUAAGGGGAGAAUGUUGGCUCCAGAACCAGCGGAGUUAGCCACUUAUUUUAAAGUAAUCUCCAGGGAAAAGGGGAACAACAUGACUGAAUAGGGCUCCCGCAUCACAUUCCUAUACAUCACCUUUGUAGGGUACCUCUUGUCCAUAUGGCUUCCUCAGAGACAGACAGACACCUUUCCUAUCACCAGUGAGUGCAGAGGAGGGCAAAGUGUGAUCUUCCAGAUCUUAUCAGAUUGCAUCUCCUAUCACUCUUUACCUAUGGCUGCCUCAGCUAGAGUGUUGGGUGUUGCAGUCCAACAAUAUCUGGAGAGUCUGAGUUACACACACCUGUGAAAGCAGGUGCUUUAUAAAUGACAUGUUUCAUUGAUCAAAGAUUAAGGAAAAUGCCUUCUAUUAAAUCAGACUACUGGUCCAUAAAGCCAGCAUUAUAUCUCCACUGGCGUUCCCUAACUUGGGUGCUCUCUAAUAUGUUGGACUGUAAAUUCCACUAUCCUCAGUCACCAUGAUAUUACAAUCUGCCAUAUCUAAAUGACACUGGUUUGGGAAAGCUGGUCUACACUGAUUGGCAGCAACUUUCCAGGACUGAAUUUUGCAGUGAUGAAUGCAAUGCAAAGCUCCUGAGCAGAAGUCUUUCCUCCGCUGGCUUGAACAUGAUACUUCUGACCUCGCAAAUCGUCCUUUUGCUGUCUGGGCUCUAUCAUUGGCUCUGAAUUUGUAAAGACCAGUAGGAACUUGGUGGACAUGCUGAGCUCAGGACAAUUGGCCUUAUGUUUUCCUUGGAGGAGCACAGCAGUGUAUGUUUAGCACCCUCCUGUGCCGGCUGCUUUGCUCUUCUUCUCCAGCCGCAGUGUGUAAUGUCUGGAUCACUCAUAUCCAGAGUGUAGAAAAAUCACCUUUUGGGAUUCCCAAGUUGCUGAAUCCAACAGGCAGCAUGACCAGGGCCAUACCAACUGUAAAUUUAAAAAUCGUAAUCUUUUGAAAAAUCCAGCAAUGCAGUGUGUAAGAUCACAACGUAAUGCCUUACACUUUGCUCACUUGUGUCACAUUUCUUAAUGUCUGUUCUAUUGGAAUAUAAAUCCCACCAAUCUGGUUUGCCUUCCAGAUUGGUGAACUAUAUUGAAAACUCUGUUAACCAGCAUAUAAUUUGGUGUAUUUAUUUAGCAAUCCUAUCAGAAAUUAUUUCCCUGCAGUACUGUCCCCUUUUCACCACAAGGAGGUGCUUUAGAAGAACAAGUGGCCAGGGAAGUAGUUUUCUGGCAACACUAGAAAUGGGAAUGUGUAAACUGUUGCUGCUUAUCUUGUUUUUUGUCUUCCUAGAAAAACGAGUUUUUCUCGUAAAGUCUUCUUUACCCAACAGACAAGUUUUGCCUGUGUGUACAUCAAUGGUGCUCAACCUGUGGGUCCCCAGAUGUUUUGACCUUCAACUCGCAGAAAUCUAACAGCUGGUAAACUAGCUGGGAUUUCUGGGAAUUGUAGGCCAAAACACCUGGGGACCCACAGAUUUGGGGACCCACAGAUUGAGAACCACUGGUGUACACAAAUUAGCAGUGGACCAGAUUUGGGUCAAGGUUUUAUGUCUUAUAUUGGACAUCUGAGAACCAGUGUGGAUAUGGGGUGUCCUCAUAGUCAGAGCUAAAGAGAUGGGGUUGAAUUAAGCCAUCCAGACUCUGGCCUGAACAGUCUUGAAUCCCAUUAUCUGCCUAUCAGAAGAAGAUGUUUCAUGUCUCUGUGCCCUUUGUCUGUAGAGGACUUUGUGACAAGAGCAUGUAAUUGUGGGCUAACUUAAAUUGUAUGCCAUUUCCAAGUUUACAUUCCUGUGACAAAGCACUGGAAUCCUUGUUGUGUAGUAACUCUUCCUUUCUUUUAGACUGCUCUAACAAUCUAAAUAGCACUUUUUUCUAUUGGAAUUCCUUUCUACUUUAGGGCUUGCAAGUAAUUUUUUAAAAAGAAUAUCAGGAAUUCCUACCAGUCCUUUUGGAUUGCAUCAUUCCCCAGGGUAGUAGCUGCACACCAUUGAGCAGUGGAUAUAAAAUGCUUUAAAAAAUUAACUAUAUUCAGGCAAUAAAAGGAUUUCUCAUUUGGGACUGGGCGUGCGUAAUUUCUGCAAAACCUCCCCACCUUGAUUUGCCUCUUUGUUCUCUGUGACUUUUGCACUCAAAAGUUCAAGAAUAAAACUUCGAAAUAAUUGAUGCAACUGUCUUUUUUAUGAAGGGUGAAUUUAUUUAAAGUUUUUAAAAUAUAAAAAUAAAAAACAGGAUUUUGCGGCAUUGUGGACACUCUUGGAAAUUAUUUGCUGAAUGUACUGUAUACUGUUUUAUGGAAUUGAGGAAUAUUAAAUGAAUGAGAAUUUUUGCUCACUCCAUGGUAUUUUGCAAUUUCACGUCCUUGUUGCAAGUCAUCUCUGUGUGUAUUAUGUCUUUUGUGGGGGGGGGGGGGGGGUAAGCGGAUAGACAAAGGGAAACCAAAAUCUUAUUUUUGUCUUCAUUGGGGGGAUUGCUGUGUGCUGAGUAAUUUUGGUAAUAGUUUAAUGCAAAAUGUAUAAACAUGUAUGUAUAUAAAAUGAACUUUGUCUGAAGGCUGCACCUUGUAAACAACCAUGGAUAAUGUAUUGAAUGUUUGGCACAUAAUGUUCUGGAUCAAAGUAUUUUGCUUUGGAAUUAUGAUCAUCAGUGAUUAAAAGAAAUCAAAAAUA